CACCAGCCUCUGCCUUGUCCCCGUCCUUCGGAGCCCGAAGCCAUUAGAGUAGUCAAACUACGUGCUUACAUCGGCAACUGCAGUUGCGCAGUGGAUCCCACAAUCGCCGCCGUGGUAAAUACAACACCUACACAAAUCCUAUUUACUUACUUGGUUACGCACAACCCUAUUCCAUCUACCCCUCCUUCCUCGUACACCCUCCGUCACACCCUCCUCCAUCCCUCCUCCAGUCCUCAACAGCCUCCCUCAUCAACACAACUUAUCUCUACACUCUUCUCUAUAAUCAAACAGAUGCGACGUCCACUGCCAAGCACAGCGCACGCGACACUCUUCCGCAUUGCACCGCCGAGAGAUCCUCAUUCGGCUUCAUCGUGCAUUGCGGCUGCGGCGUGCGGUACGGUACCGAGAAUAAGUUUCCUGGGCGUGCUGGGCAUUCUGGGCAACCAUUCCAGCCGCGGACAGUCACGAGCCAAGACCCGCCUAGAAGCUGCCGAAGAACACCGAGCGAACGAAACAAAUGCCGUCGUGAACGACGCCCAGCCUCGGGUAAACUAACGGCUUGACUAAGAAGGGAAGAAGGCGUUGCUUGGUGGAUUGAUGGCUUGCUUGGUGGCUUGGCUCUGCACUCUGCAGGGCUGCGAGGGCGGGCGCUCGAUGCGCGGAUGCUUGGCAAGUUGCCAACGCCCACGCGGACGAGAGAAAAACAAAAUCCGAUGCGGUGGGAGUUUCGAUUUUUUGUGUGCGAAUAUUAAUCGACCGGAUCGAUCUCGCGACGAUCGGAUGAGCGACAGUGAGAGAGCGAGGUUGUGGGAUUCGCACACAUCGCCUUCGAACCGCGGAAGAGAAGAAAAGAAAGAAGGCAAAAAAAAACUUUCUCACCCAGCCACUCCGAUCUUCAUACACACCUAAGCAGGUGCUCCUAGCAGCAUCUCAAGCGCUCCAAUUCUCCCAUUCCGUCGAGUGCGCCGAGAUCCCGAGGAACUACUUUGCUAGCUUCGAAUCAACUAUCAAGCAACCCAUGCCAUCGAUAUUCGUGAGACCGAAAGCUCCGGAAAAAGGUAAAAACUCCGGCCGUUGGUAUGUACUUUACUUUGCAACCAGUAUAUUCUCGCUGCCAUUGGACUUCGCCAUCUUGCGCAGCGCCUACCAGGGCCACCACGCUGCUGCUGUUUGUCUUUCCGUGCCUCCCCCGUCACGAAGGGACUGGAUUUCUACUAUCCAGUUAUCCAACACUGCACGUUUCGGCCUGCUGCGUACGGUAGUUACGUCCCGCCGUUGUUGACGUCGUCCGGUGCAGCCAACCGGAGGAAGACCAAGAAAUCCAACCGCUACACACACUGCAUGCAUAGUCCGCACUCCGGAGGCGCGUCGUAAUGGUGCCACCCGUGCGACCCGGGGGGUUAGGACAGCCAGUCAGAGGACUGAAACUCCACCAUUGCUCCGAUAGGAGGCGUUUCGGCUUCGGUAUCUUGGCUCGGAG